UUAGUUUAAAUGAAGAAGAUCGCACAAUUUUGAAGCCAACACCAAACGACGCGCACCCGUCUCGGUUAAGGCUGGCACUAGUGCGUCAUGAGUCAAUGCGUUUCAGACCUCCUCCCUCCAAAACCUUACACUUCUUCCACCGAAAGCAGAGCCUCUCUACUAUUCCGUCCGAGUCGGUCUGCCAAGAUGGAGCAUCUGAGUCCCAUUACACCCCUCUCUUGCAGAUAUGUCUACAGCAAUGCAAGUAUAUUAAGACCCAUAAGGUGUUCGACGAAAUGCCUGACAGGCUGCUGGCUCGUGCUUCCAGGACCUGCAAGGCUGUCCACGCCCGCAGCUUGACAUUUGGGAUUUCAUCCAAAGGGCUUCUGGGAAAUGCCAUUCUGGGUUUUUAUGCCAAGUGCGGUAAUGGAUUUGCCAAGAAGGCAUUUGACUGCCUUGAAAACAAGGAUGUGUUUGCUUGGAACUCAGUUUUGUCAAUGUAUUCGAGUAAGGGAUUGCUGAAACAGGUUGUUAAGUCAUUUGGAUCGAUGUGGAAUGGCAGGGUUAUGCCGAACGAGUUCACUUUCGCAAUGGUUUUGUCUGGUUGUGCAAGAUUGGCUGGUGUUGAAUAUGGUAGGCAAGUUCAUUGUGGUGUUAUUAAGACGGGGUUUGAGUCGAGUUCAUUUUGUGAAGGUGCACUCAUUGAUAUGUAUGCCAAGUGCAAUUGUAUAAGUGAUGCACGGCGGGUAUUUGAUGGCGUGUUGAAGUUGGAUACAGUUGCUUGGACAACAAUGAUCUCAGGGUAUGCUCAAGCUGGAUUGCUCGAGGAGGCACUUAAAGUGUUUAUGGAGAUGCAAAGAGUAGGUGGUUUUCUGGACCAGGUGGGAUUCGUGACUGUCAUAAAUGCAUGCGUUGGUCUAGGAAGGCUAGAUGACGCAUGUGAGUUGUUUUCCCGGAUGCCCAGUCCUAAUGUUGUAGCAUGGAAUGUGAUGAUUUCUGGGCAUGCCAAGAGAGGCAAUGAGGAGAAAGCUGUUAACUUUUUCUUGAGGAUGAGGAAAUCUGGCGAAAAACCGACAAGAUCCACGCUAGGAAGUGUUUUGAGCGCAAUUGCUAGUUUAGCUGCUCUAGACUAUGGCUUGCUAGUUCACAAUAUGGCAGUAAAACUGGGGUUAGAUUCUAACGUUUAUGUGGGAAGUUCUUUAAUCAAUAUGUAUGCCAAGUGUGAAAAGAUGGAUUCGUCAAAGAAAAUAUUUGAUUAUCUACCAGAGAAAAAUGUUGUCUUGUGGAAUGCGAUGCUUGGGGGUUAUGCCCAAAAUGGGUAUGCCAGUGAAGUUAUAGAAUUGUUUACCAUUAUGAAGGGGUGUGGUCUUUGCCCUGAUGAAUUUACCUACACUAGCAUUCUUAGCGCAUGCUCUAGCUUGGAAUAUCUAAACAUGGGUUGUCAGUUGCAUUCACAUAUCAUCAAGAAUAAACUUGCAUCAAAUUUAUACGUGGGAAAUGCAUUGGUUGAUAUGUAUGCUAAAUCAGGGGAUCUGAAGGAAGCAAGGAAACAAUUUGAGCUUAUAAGAAAUCGAGACAAUAUAUCAUGGAAUGCAAUUAUUGUUGGAUACGUACAGGAAGAAGAUGAAGACGAGGCUUUUAAUAUGUUCCGAAGAAUGAAAUUGCAUGGAAUUGUGCCUGAUGAAGUCUCCUUGGCAAGUAUACUAAGUGCGUGUGCAAAUGUUCAAGCACUAAAGAUGGGACAACAAGUCCACGGUCUCUCAGUUAAAAAUGGGCUGGAAACAAGCCUCUAUUCUGGGAGCUCCCUUAUUGACAUGUAUUCUAAAUGUGGGGUCAUCGGCAAUGCACGUAAAGCUCUCUGUUAUAUGCCCCACUGGAGCGUGGUCUCUGUGAAUGCUCUAAUUGCUGGUUUUGGCUAUAGCAACUUGGCAGAAGCCAUUAAUUUGCUUCAUGAGAUGCAGGAGAUAGGAUUGAACCCAACUGAAAUUACUUUUUCAGUCCUUCUAGAUGCAUGUAGUGGACCUCUCAUGUUAACUCUGGGAAGGCAAAUCCACUGCAUAGUACUAAAGAAAGGCCUUUUGUGUGAUGUUGACUUCUUGGGUGUCUCUCUCCUAGGCAUGUACAUGAACUCCCAAAGCAAAGUAGAUGCAACAAUUCUUUUCUCGGAGUUCCCAAAGCCAAAAAGCAAAGUAUUAUGGACCUCUAUGAUCUCAGGACUCAGUCAAAAUGAUUGCAGUGAGGAGGCGCUACAGUUGUAUCGAGAGAUGCAUAGCAAUAAUGCCCUACCUGACCAAGCAACAUUUGCUAGUGUUCUUCGAGCAUGUGCUGUCAUUUCUUCUUUGAAAAAUGGUAGAGAGAUCCAUUCCCUCAUUUUUCAUACCGGUUUUGAUCUGGACGAGUUAACUUGUAGUGCCCUCGUAGACAUGUAUGCUAAAUGUGGGGAUGUGGGUAGUUCUGUGCAUGUUUUUAAAGAAAUGGGUACUAAAAAUAGUGUCAUUUCUUGGAACUCAAUGAUAGUUGGGUUUGCUAAAAAUGGUUAUGCAGAAGAUGCAUUGAAAAUCUUUGAUGAGAUGAGACACUUUCAUAUUUUGCCUGACGAUGUCACAUUCCUUGGCGUUCUCACUGCAUGUAGUCAUGCAGGGAAGGUAGCUGAAGGCCGACAAAUGUAUGAUUCUAUGGUUAAUAAGUAUAGUAUCCAACCCAGGGUCGAUCAUGUUGCCUGCAUGGUUGAUCUUCUAGGCCGGUGGGGAUUUCUUAAAGAAGCAGAGGAGUUUGUUGACAGACUAGAUUCUGACCCAAAUGCUAUGAUUUGGGCCACAUUACUUGGUGCUUGCAGAUUACAUGGAGAUUACAUAAGGGGACAGCGUGCGGCUGAGAAACUCAUUGAGUUAGAACCACAAAAUUCUUCAACAUAUGUGCUGCUUUCUAAUAUACAUGCUGCAUCAGGAAACUGGGAUGAGGCUAGCUCUUUGAGGAGAGAAAUGAAAGAAAAGAAAUUGACAAAGGUUCCUGGUUGUAGUUGGAUUGUAGUGGGACAGACAACAAGUUUGUUUGUUGCUGGGGAUAAGUCUCAUCCAAAUGCUGGUGAAAUCAUUGCGGCUUUAAAGUAUUUGACAGCAGUAAUGAAAGAAGAGGGCUAUGUUGAUGAGACAGAUUAUUUCUUCAAUGAAGAAUAGUGAGAGAAGCUCCUAUCCCUAUGGUAUUGAGGCCAAUUGCAUAUUGUAACACUAUGCAUGAACAUCCCAAGGCCUCUCCCUCUGCAAGACUGAAACCCGAAUGAAUAUCCCAGUAGUAUUCUUCAACUUCGUGGGAGAGAUGUUAACCAGGGUCAGACGUCAUGCAGGGUAUGUUGAUGCCAAUGUCAGUUCCUGGAGGAACUUUGAUUUACUAUUUUGUUGAAGCCAAAACAUACACCGACAAGGAAGCCCCUUGCACUUUGUCUUGAACAUAUACUGGCAAGGGAGCCCCUCACUUUGUCUCUUUGGUCGUUGGUUCCUUUUGGUCCUCUUCAACGGAAUCCAGUGAACAUAUCUUGUAAUAGCUGGAUGUGGAGGUGGAGGAUGUGGGAUUUCUCUUGCCAAGGCAUGGUGGGACAAAAAGCUUAUAAAAACAGAAGAAAUUAUUCUGUCCUUUGAUGACGAGUUGAAGAUUCUCCAAGGACAUUCUCUUUAAAGUGAGACUUUUCAAAUGGACUGCCACCUCAUGUUUUUAUCGCAUUGUUUUAUAAUGUUACCUCUAUGAUAGGAUGAGAAGUUAUUACCUACUUUAACUAUCUCGGGUCAAGCUGUAAAUUUUAGAAAACCAUAAAUGGGGUUCAUAACAGAUUGGACACAAUGCAAUAUUACAAAUUUCAUAUAACCAGAUACAGUCAAUCAUUCGAAA